ACUAAACGUUGUCUUGGGAUGGCAGAUGGCAUCACUGCUGAGCCAGUGUAGCGAGCGAUAGUUAAAAUCUGUAGUUGACAUGAUUGUUCAUGGCUAGUCGCUCGACUCUGCUUUCCUACUGUAUGCGAAGGUGUCACCAUGGGUCAUCAAGAAUGCUUCUCAAAUCUGGCGAGGCUUCGCCAAGAGCUGUAUGCAGACCCUGAAACGGUCUCUGUUGGGCUCCACUACUCGGACGUCGUCAAGGUUCUUGUGGACGAUCGCCAGGACGAAGGCAGUCAACUCGCACUGUUGUUGAUGCUUCAGGAGGCAGGAAGCAGCUAUCAGUCAGAAAAAACAGCCUACGAUGCCGUAGAGUCGCUUAAAAGUGCAUUUGGUGCUUUGAGAAGAACGACUAGGUAUAAUGUCCAAAGCCAGACUUUAAUCACCAUGACGACCAUCAUUCUGUCUCAUCAGUCUGCAGAUUACACUCAGCUGUAUGAACUGGUGGAACUUCUUCUUGAGAAUGUUGUCCAAGUGAAGCGAAACCACCCCUUGGUUCGAGCAGCUGGCUGCAGCUGUCUCAGGGAAAUCGAGAUUUUUCAUCCUGGCUUUCUAGCAAAGCAGAUGGAGCAGCUUUGGGGAACAUUAGGAAAAGACAACAGUUGGGCAUGCCAAGCUUUGGCACUGCUUCUCGCAGUUGGGACGACGACUCCUACCGCAGCAAUGCAGGGAAAUGCCUCUGAUGAACCAGCAAGAAGUGAAGUAUCAUCAUUAAUAGGAUACAUACCUCUCAUGACUCCUUUGGCUGCAGCAGCAGUGAUGCAGUCACUGCUGGCAAACCUUGUGGGUGUCCUGCCACCAGCAUUGCUGAAACUGUGCUGCACACAGUUCUCUUUGUGCUAUGAUCUGCCCUUGGUCCAGUUGAUGCUAACUAUGCAGGGUGAGUUAUGCAGGGAGGCCUGGUGGCAAGCGCUACGACUGGAAGUCAUUCAGCGGCUGGCGCAUGGUUUGCACUACCCCGAGAGCCAGCAGGCCUUGAAAAUCUCGUGGCUGGGAUCAGCGUUGUCACAAGUGGCUGGCCAGCCCAAUGCUUCUUGGCACCUGCUGCCCGUGCCACGAGAUAAGGUUACACAACAGGGUCUGCGGCUUCAGGCUACAUUGGCAACUGGCUUUGAUGCCUGGGGAGGACCUGAAAAAAUGCUAGAUGCUGUGAUACCUUAUUUGCGUGUUCUCAAGAGGCAUGUUUGCUUAGCACCUGGACCUUUUGGCAUCCACUUACUGUUUUAUGUGCUGUAUCGGCUGUAUGCUGAUCUGAGGAAUACCACCGUUGCAGCGUUGUUGACCGAAGAAAUUACACGUCUGGUCAUCAACAUGAUUAUGCUAGGACCAUUGUAUUGCCGCAACCUACUGAAUUUUCUCAAGUGCAUUGAGACUGCCUUCCCUGAAAGUUCCCUGAGCCAAGUAGUUCUAAUGGAAGCUGUGGAUAUGGUGACAGAACAAAACUGGGAGGACUGUGUCCAGGACAGUGCUGUGGAGAGCUGCCUGCUUGUAUUUACAGCAGCUGUGCAGAAACCAGGCAAUUUGUGCCAGCCAAAGCAACUGUUCCACUUCAUAGAGCAGCUGGUUGCCAACCGAGGGCUUGCUGCCCACCGUGGAUGGUUGCUGGGAAAUAGGCUCAUUGAUCUCUGCUGCAGUGUUGUACUGCACCAAACAAAUCAUGCAGUCAGCUCAGACCUGUGCACAAUACUGUCAUAUUUAAUGGAUUCUUCAGAAGAUGUUGAUGUCAAGAGUCGGGUCAAGCUGCUGUACACAUCUCUUUCCGCUUUGUCAGAGUUGAAGGCACGAGAGCUGUUACACUGUUGUAGUCACGACCCAGCCUUGGACUCUGAGAAAGACUGCAAUGUUCUUUCUGAUUUUCCUUUGCCGAGCCCAGUGGCAUGCUCCACGGCCGAGGUUCUGCGGCUUGAGAGGCUGCUCCCAAAUGGCAGCCGUUUGGAGCCGUGUGAUCAGGUGCCAAGCAGGGAGGCACAGGGAGGCCAGGGUUUGUGCCUAGAGGAGCUGCACAAGUACAGAGCUUUCCUGGAGUCAGACUUUGACCAUGUGGUCAGCAUCCCUUGCAGACUUGUUUUGGAGUCACCUGAACCUCGUUUUGACUGUUUGAUGGGACUGCAACUGAAUCUGGCCCCUCCUGAAGGCUGGGGUACUGCACAAGGUCUAGAGGCUUCACUGUUCUGGAAAAGUGAUAGCGGAGUCGCGACAUCAGUCGCACUCUCACCACAGACUUCAGUGCCUUGCAGCAUAGCAGUCAGGGCUGAAUUCACUAGCCUGGACAGCUGCAGUCAUGUGUGCUGGCUGGAGCCGCUGCAAGUGCGAUUUGAAGACCUGCUGCUCCCACUGCCUAUUCCACAGCCGCUCUGUGAUCAGGCUCACCCAUCACAGGACACUUAUCGGGCUAUGGUCUGGCAUAGCCUGUGCGAACAGCUCACUGGCUCUCCUGAAGCACAGUCGUCGACCCUGCGACUAGGUCCAAGCCCUCCCAGUCAGCAGCUUUGGCUGCGACUAUGUGAGGGCCUGGCACCCUUUGUGGUACGUUGGCAACCACGUGGACUGUUGGCAGGAUUUGUGGUGCCCAAGAGGAUUCAUGUGUUGCUCACCUUGGAAGCCUGUGGACCACACCUUAUUGCAUCCUUUCUGGUCGAGGACUGGUUGUUAUUGCCAAGGGUACAGACAUUUCUGCAGUCCUUAUGUGUUAUCUGAUAGCACUGCAGGGUUGCUUGCAUUGUCCGCACCAUAAGACUGUUGACCUUCGCUACUUUUGAGUUACCUUCACUUUGAACAUGUUUGUAGAGAGCAUUUCUAGAGCCAGCUGAUGAGAGCAGAUGACACGGAAUGCAAUAUGUCUCUGUCUUUUGUGCAGGUGUCUAUCAGCAUGCCCUACAAAGAAUUGUACCGUUGAUGGAUUUUUAUAUGAAAUUCAUUAUUUUGACAUAUGAAUAGUGUAUAGGGAAGUUUGUGUGUAGUCCUGGAGCAGUAAGUGCUCUAAUGUUUGCUACCUGUACUGUUAAUGUGGGAAAAGCAUGGCACAAAGAGCUUAAGUUUGGUAAAUAUAUGAAUGGUAUUAUCAGCAGGAGAUGCUCGCAGCAAACUACGUUUUCCCACAAAUUUGAUGGUCUUGUACCUUUAAUUAACUUCUGCCUAGAUGACUGUGGUCAUAGUUCAUUGUCAGUGUAACUCAUGUUCCAGUUGUUACUUACUUGGAUGUAGCAUGAAACUCGAAAAAAGAAAGGAUAGUAAGAAAGAAUUCUACAAGUGCUGUCUUGUAUUUGCAAAAGUAUAGUUAGAAAAUCUCAUGAUCAGCAGUGAAACUGAUCACUAGGUUACAUAUCCAGCUGUAAAGAUGUACACACGUGAAGUGAAUGCCACACAUACACGUAAAUAGACUGGAUGAUAUGUAAGCUUCUUGCUUGAUAUAUUGACCUGCAAGGGCUAUGCUAGAGCCUUUGAGGACAACAAAUGGGUUGAGAAUAUAUGUGUCACACAUCGUGCUGCUUUCUUAAAGAGACACUGAAGGCAAAUAACAUUUUAGGUCAGAGUGAAAGGUCAAUGCUUGAGAACAUCUAGAAUGUCAAAUUAUGAACAGCAGCACUUCAUAAAUUAAGAUCAAUCAAGAUAAAGAACGUAGGACACAGUUUGUGCCACCAGUGGGACAUUCUGGAAUAACCAAUUAAUCAUAAGUACACCAACUAUCACGAUAAAAAAAAAGUUAAAAAUAUUUCAGUGCAUUGCAAGAUGGA